GAAGCUAGAGACUAUUUGAUGCCACUAAAAAAAAGAAACCAUAGAAAAAAAGGAAAGUGAUGAAUAUAUAUAAAAAUCAAAUCCUCCAUAAUAAUUAACUAUAAGCCUACAUAUCCAAAAUCUUUAGUUUCUCUGUUCUUCGGUUUCCCUUCUACCACUGCCCUUCAUAAUAUACGGUAACAAUGUUGUUUCACCAUUGGCUGCUCCAUUUUACACUCAUAGCGACACUAUUCCUAAACUUGGAAGCCAUUAAAAUGAACCACCAAACCAUAAAAACCCAAACUUUUCUAUCCCCAUUAUUCACUUUAACUCCUGGCUCAGUAGUUGAGAAAUUCUUCUACAAUCUCAACUUUCCCAAAGGCCAUAUUGCAAUAAAGAGCUUCGAUGCCGAAGUCAUCGAUGAAGAAUCCAAUCCCGUCUCACUUUUCGACGCAUAUCUCCAUCAUUGGACACUCGUGAGAUAUUACCAACACAACAAAACCGCAACAAAUCACACGAAUGAUCUCGCAGACUCCAUUAUUAUCGCAGGUAAUAGUGGAGGCUGCCAACCACAUACAUUAUCAUAUUUUUAUGGUAUGGGAACUGAAUCAAGAAAAACAUCAAAUUUUCUUCCAAAUCCAUAUGGAAUUGAAGUUGGGAAUGAAAAGGAAGUUCCUUUAGGUUAUGAAGAGAAAUGGAUUCUUAAUGUACAUGUCAUUGAUACUAGAGGAGUGGAGGAUAGAAUUGGAUGCCUUGAGUGUAGGUGUGAUUUGUAUAAUGUUAACAAAGAUGAAUUGGAAGAAGAUUAUAAAGGAGGGUUUAAAUGUUGUUAUGAUACAGCACAAUGUAAAGUCAGGGAAGGUUAUGAAGGAGAGGAAAGGAAUUUGUAUGUCAAAUAUACAGUGAAGUGGGUGGAUUGGGAUGAUGAUUUUGUCAUUCCUGUUAAAGUUUAUGUAUUUGAUGCAACUGAUACAUGGAAGCCACUCACGGAUUCAACAGGACAAAUAUCUCAACAACAUGACUGUCAAGUUGAGUAUGAUGUAGAAUCUUGCUCCCUCAUAAGCAAGUUGGAUGGUGAGUGUAAUGCUAUCAAAAGGUCAAAGGUGAUGUUUCAAGACAAUGGGUUUCUUGUGUAUGGAGUGGCUCAUCAACACAUUGGUGGGAUUGGUGCAACCCUUUAUGGACAGGAUGGGAGAGUUUUAUGUUCUUCAUCACCAAUUUAUGGAAAAGGAGAUGAAAUAGGAAAUGAAGAUGGGUAUGUUGUUGGAAUGUCAACUUGUUAUCCAAAGUUUGGUCAUGUGAAGAUUAAUAAAGGAGAAUUGGGGACUCUUGUAUCCAAAUAUGAUCCUGCACAAAACCACACAGGUGUUAUGGGUAUCUUUAGUAUUGUGGUUGCAACCAAACUACCUAACUCAUUGUUUCACAUGGAAGUAUAAACAUGCUUGGUUGGUGACAUCCUACGAAAUUAAAUAAAUCCUCUUGUCAGGUGAAACUUAUUGUACUCAUAUGAUAUUUUGUGUAAAAUUUGGCUUGUGUUUAAUAAUAUCUAUAUAUGGAUUAAUAUGUAGAAGAA